AUGGCAGCAUAUAAAUCUGACGACGAUUAUGAUUACUUGUUCAAAGUUGUCUUAACAGGAGAUUCCGGUGUUGGAAAAUCAAAUCUGCUCUCCCGAUUCACCAAAAACGACUUCAGCCACGACUCACGCUCGACCAUCGGGGUUGAAUUCGCCACACGAAGCAUUAAAGUCGACGACAAGAUUAUCAAAGCUCAAAUAUGGGAUACUGCCGGCCAAGAAAGGUAUCGAGCCAUCACGAGCGCUUAUUACCGAGGAGCCGUUGGUGCGUUAUUGGUCUACGACGUUACACGGCACGUGACAUUCGAGAACGUUGAGAGAUGGCUAAAGGAGCUAAGGAACCACACGGACGCAAACACAGUAAUUAUGCUCGUAGGUAACAAAGCUGAUCUGCGUCACCUUCGAGCCAUCCCAACGGAAGAAGUGAAAGCUUUUGCAGAGAGAGAAAACACUUUCUUCAUAGAGACCUCAGCACUCGAGGCUUUAAACGUCGAAAACGCUUUCACAGAGGUUCUCACUCAGAUUUACAGAGUCGUUAGCAAGAAUGCUCUUGAUGGUGGAGCUGAUCCAAGCACUGCUUUGCCUAAAGGACAAGUAAUUAAUGUUGGAAGCAGAGAUGAUGUUUCAGCCGUCAAGAAAGCUAGUUGCUGCUCGACAUAA